UGACAGCGGUUCAGGAAAUCAACACAUGGCGUAUGUUGAUAUCUCAAAUUUUUGCAGGAAAGAAAGGUCAAAAGCUUCCUGAUUUUAUAGGUUUGUCAGAGGUCUGAUUUCGGAUGCCACGGACAUGGAUUCUGCGAUCAAGAGACAACCGAACUGAAUUUGAAUGCUUGUCUGAUCAAGCAGUGGGAGAAGAUAGCACAUUGUAUUCGAUUAAACUAUUAUAUAUUCACAUGGGAGGAUUGUAUUUUAGCUGCAAUUACGUGUUCCCCCCAGAGGCGGAAAUAUUAAAUGAUGACAUUUUACUUGGCCUAGUGUUUUUGAACGUGCAAUUUUCUUCCGAAAUCUCCAUAUAUAUAUAUCUUCUUGUUCCCAUGUUGUUUCUUAUGACAAAUCGAACACAAUCUUUUCAUCCGGCUUCUCAAUCGGCGGUGCGUCGACGAGGCGGUGUCGAUCUGCGUAUAGUGAUGGUUGUCUUGGGAUCGAAGUUGUGCUGGCUUGUUUACAUAAUUCCUUAGUGGCAAGCUGCAUCACAUGCCCCUAUCCAAGCUG